UUGCGAGCCACCGCGUUCAGGGAUCCGUGACACCCAUCGUCGCCUAUGGUGCUCGACAGUUGUCAUCGACGACGAGGUUAAGACCCCUGACCGUGUCCUUGCACCGCCGCCACCCCUCUAGCAACGAACAGUGCGUGUAUUUCCGGUCGUUCAUCGACGAGAAGGUUACCUCUGCCUGCACUUCCUCCACCCACUCAUUCCUUUCUCUCCUUUCAUCGUUUUUCCUCUCGAUUUUCUUGCUUCCCUUCGCGGAUCCAUCGAAGACGCAGCGCUCUAUUAAUAACCGCACGGUGUCGUUGCUCGUUCGUGUUUUCGCCUUGGUCAUCGUUGUUUUCCCCAGGAUUCUCAAGCUCGAGGACGAGCAGGCUCCGUUCAGCCGAGAAUUUCUCUGCCACCCUCGUCGUUACAUGGGUUUAACGUCGUGAAAGAUACUCGAGUGUAGGCUGAAUUUUAAUGGGGAUGGUUGGAAGUUAAGGGUGGUUCGGGUUUCCUUGGAAUCGUCGAGAAAAGGGGUUGUUCUCGUGGUUUUUAAGAAUCAAAUUAAAUUGGAAUAUGUUUGAAUUACUUGUCCGUGAAAUUUUGGAAGUGUAUUCAUAAUUAUUUUCGCUGACUUCGUUUCGACAAUGUACGAAUCUAUUUAAGGAUCCUCGAGAAUCUCGAUACAACUCGUUUGGAAAUGUCCGUGCGUGUCAUUCUUAUUUAAAUCGUGAAUAUUCCAUUCGCCGAGUCAUGUAAUCACCUGUUCCUCAUAACUUAAAGUCACACGUUCCACCGAAAAUUAAUGUGCCUCUAGCAAGGUGGCAUAACGUUUUCCAUUUUUUGGCAAGUUGAUUUCGAAACAGUUCAUAAUGAUUUACAAUCUCUUUGUUAAAAACUGUAUUUAGCCUCGCAACAAUGAAUAUUUUCAAUUUACGCAACAGAAGGUGGCAGAGAAAUUUUUAUAUAAAAAUUCGUAGUUCAUAGGUUACGGUGCGAGGAUGAAAGUGAAGUGCAAGUUGGUUUCGCAAUGGUUUCUACAAGUGGCCGGAAGGAUCUCGCGACGAUGACUAUGUCAUCGCGUGAAAUUUUCAUGGUGCUGGUGGUUCACCCGUUCGUCCAGGAAACCGGACAACCCCCGUUCGUCAGAGGGUGCUAACAAAGGGGGUCUCGAUGGAAAAUAUGAGAAAAGGGGCGCGGUUUUCGGAAAGCGGCCGUCACUAUAAAUAGAGGCGCCUCGUGCGUGCGUGGUAUGCUUUUAAACAUAGUUUUGGCAGCGCGAAACGUCAAACCGCCUCGGAGUGGCAAAGCGCGUGGAUCGUUCCGCGAAUUUCACGGGAAACAUUGACCGAAAUCCCUGUUUCUCCCGUCCGGUAUCUUGGUCAUUCGUGAAAUGUGACAUCGGCAAACGAGGCUUUACUUAGUCGGUCGAUCGUGUCAAGAGGUUCGCCCGCGACACGAGUGUAAAAUCGUUUAAACAAAGAAGGUCGUCGAGGUAAUAAUCGAUAUCGGGACGCGUGUGUGUUCGUUCCUGGAACCCUUCUCUUUAGUGACUUGUCUUGGAACGGAAAGGAAUAGCGAAGAGUUCGAGGAGGGAGAUAAUGAAAAGUGCAUCGGAGAAACCCGACAAGGAGAACCAGCGGCCGAUGGAGACGAGCCACGAGGCGGAGGAAAACGCUCAAGAUGCCCAGGACGAAGAGUAAAAAUUCCAACACUAACAAAAACACUCGUCCCCGCGUUUCGUGCGUGCGCUCGUCGCACUUUGUCAGUGUGAUGUCACCGAGCAACAAAAGCGUGGACGAGGCUAUAAACGAUGCAUUGUUGGAGAAACUUCGAAGUUGCGCCACGAAACCUCAGGAGACCGGUGAUACGUUUCGAAAUGUCGUGGCGAAGAUUCAAGCCCGAGUUACAUCCUCAGAUCGACGUGUACGGGAACGCACGCUGGAGAAGUUAUGGCGGAAGAAUUCCGGGGCGAUGGAAAUAUUCAUCGCGACACUGGAGAAUUGCAAGGAUCACGUGAUAAACUGCAGUAUCGCCAGCAUUCUGCACGAGUGCGUGUCGCCUCGAUUUCCCAAGGGGAAAAGCAAAGGGAACAAGAACAAAAGUGCCACAAAAACUAGCAGUCGAAUGGCAGUGAUGCAGUUGAUCAAUUUAGGAAUCACGCAGGUGCUAGUUAAGCUUUUGAUUAAUCUGCUGCACGUGGACACAGUAUCGAGCGAGGUCCUCACGCAGGAGGUGCUUUGGAUUUUGGGCCAGGUGGCACCGAGGGAUCAGAAGUUCGUGUCCAAGAUGAAACUGCUAAACACCAUUAAAGUGUUCCACGCGCUUCUGAAGCUGCAUUACAACAACAGCAAGACGCUAUUGCCUUUACUGUUGAUCAUUAAAUGUCUUGCCAGAAACACAUACUCUCUUCAGAUAUUAGUGAAGGACGGAAUCGCCAGUACCAUGGAGAAAACCUUCGUUUCCAUCGGCUACAUGCCGCACCUGAAAUUAAGAAUAUUGUUAGAAUGCUUCAAAUAUUUUACGACAAGCAGAUUGUUCUGCACGAAGUUCGUAAGGACUGGCUUGGUGUACUUGCUGAUGAGAAUCUUCGACAGAUGGGAACGAUUCGAGGGUCCCAUUAAGCUGAAGAUUUUAAACUGUGCCUUGAUCACUUUGCAGCAUCUCAGUGUCACCAAAGCUGGCAGGAAGGCAAUCAAGUCGAACAAUGGACUGCACCUAUUGUACCGGUUCUGCAGCAACUGUCCGGAGGAUAAGGCAUACGAUUGUCUGCUGUCACGCGUAUGCGGGGUUAUCAAUCAAUGUCUGGAGAAGAAGGAGUUGCCGAUACCCGAAAUGUCUCCGGCAAGAUUUGUACUACCAGUAACGAACGUCAGGUCGAACAGUGCUGAGAGUGGCAGCGACGUUGAUAGUCAGGCGAACAGCGUGGCUUCACUUGGAAGAUUGUACAGUGAUCUUGAUUCGGGAGACGAAGAAGAAAGUCAGAACUCGAGGACCGACGAUAAAACAGUUCAUUCGGCCGACGAAGUGGACGAAAGUAAAUUUUUCGCUGGGGUCUUCACGUCGCAGAGAUCGGUGGAGGAUCUGACCGAGUACGAAACAUUCUUCAAGGAACUGAGCAACAUAAAGUCUCAAUUGUCCCUUCAAAAUUCAUCGACAGGUAUAAUCGACCCUGCGAAGGAAAAUAAGUCCAACGUACCUAACACGAAGAUCUGUGAAACAAAGGUUUUCACAAACAAUUCGAUGAAAGAAGAAGCGAGCAAGGAGAACGGAAGCAACUCGAUUAAAAUCUUCAACGACAUAUCAUCGAACGUCACGUAUAGACAAACUUAUUGCUUAGUGGCGAGUAGAGUGAAGAGCGUGAUUGGUUUCGUGAAGGUAGCUUACCCAGAUUUGGUUGGUGGCGAUGGUCUAGGAAAAGAUGAACCCCUGAACAGCAAGGACCGGAAGGUCUGUCGUUCGAAGCUACUGACGUGCGUGGAACGAGGUCUUCAUGGUGGAACCAUGUUGGAAGAGGUGGUGUACGACCUCGACGAUGUAACCUCCAUAGGCGAGCAAAAUUCCGACGACAGACAUUUGUGUAACUGGGACGAUACCAGAAUAGGAAAACGUUGUUCCAACACUAAUCAAUUGCAGUUCGAGUCUCGAUUCGAGAGUGGAAAUCUGAGGAAAGCUAUUCAGAUAGGCCUGAGAGAAUACAAUCUGAUCCUGACGCCGGACGUGAACAGCGGCUCCAGGCACCAAUGGUUCUACUUCGAGGUGUCGAACAUGGAAGCAAACGCGCCGUACACCUUCAACAUAAUCAACUGCGAGAAGGCAAACUCGCAGUUCAAUUUCGGGAUGAAACCUAUUCUCUUCAGCGUGACCGAAGCUCAGCUAGGUAGACCAGGUUGGGUGAGAACCGGCGCUGAGAUCUGUUACUAUCGAAACUGUUACCAACGACCAGCAAAGGGGAAGAAUUACCUAACCACCUCGUUCACGGUCGCCUUUCCUCACUCUUACGACGUCUGUUACCUAGCGUAUCAUUUCCCAUACACGUACAGUCAAUUGAUGACCAACAUCUGGAAGUGGACCAAGAGAGUCCCCGCGAACACUUACUUCCGCGCCGAAACCCUCUGCGAGACUUUGAAUGGCAAUGAAAAUCCUCUUCUAACGAUCACGUCUUUGGAUUCUAAAAGCAACCCUAUCGAGAAUCGUAAGGUGAUAUUCCUGACGUCGAGAGUUCAUCCGGGUGAAAGCAACGCCUCUUGGGUGAUGCACGGCACCUUAGAGGCACUGUUAGAUAACAGCACUUAUGCGACGAGUUUGCGGGACGAUUACGUGUUCAAGAUUGUACCGAUGCUGAACAUCGAGGGAGUGGUGAACGGCUGCAAUCGGUACGGAUUGACGAACGAAGAUCUGAACAGACGAUGGAGCAACCCUAACCGGACCCUCCAUCCGGUCAUCUACCACGCGAAGGGUCUGAUGGAGUACUGCACGAGGGUGUUGCAAAGACCUCCCCAUGUUUUCGUCGACUAUCACGGCCAUUCACGGAGGAAGAACGUGUUUCUGUUCGGUUGCUCAAGGUCGGGUUCUUGGAGCGCAGCGGACAGGGCGAAACCGGACCAGCCGGUGCAGUAUUUGAUGUUGCCGCAUCUGAUGCAAAGAAUAUCUCCAGCGUUCGCGUUGCCACUGUGCUCAUUCAAGGUCGAGAGGAAUAAGGAAUCCACCGCGAGGGUAGCUAUAUGGAGGCAGUUAGGUGUUUACAGAAGCUACACAAUGGAGAGUAGCUUCUGCGGUUGCGAUCAGGGUCCAUUGGCCGGCUUGCAUCUGGACACGAAACACCUGAAGGCCAUCGGUGAAGAUUUCUGUCAGGCUUUGUCGAUGAUGAAAAACUCGGGCAUAGAUUGGGAUAUCGACAAGUAUGUUAACGAGCGGUCGAUGCUGGAGGUCUGUUGCCCCCUAAAAUGUGUUUUGCAGGAUUCCAAAAGGAUUGCAAAAUGCAUUCAAGAUAAAGCAGCGGUGCAUCAUAUCGCUGCUAUUCCUUAGCAAACACUGAAAUAGAUCGAAGGAUUCCUAUGGGAGAUGGUAUUCCUGAGGAGUCAGGGUGUAUGGAGGGUGACAUUUCAUCCAGCUGCGAAUCCGACGAGUCUGAUUUCGAGACUUAAGGUCAUCCUGAAGUAUCAGAUACAUCGACGAUGAUCUUCAUUUCUUCCAGGCCUACGUUGUGCUUCCUUGCGUACAUCGAAGUGGCUAUGCUAGUUUUGGUUAUCGAAUAAAUAUGAACAGAUACCACGGCGAACAUUCUGCACACUUUGAAGAAUUUUUAUUUCAAACCCGUAACAAAUGUCAAGCUAAUUCUACGGAGAAUCCUACCUAGAACCGAAGCGCCGUUUUGUAUAUAACUUCGAAAACGUACGCGUCAUCUGUCUUUUAUAUAUUGAAACUUCCAUUAAAUUUGAGCAUCACGGACGAGCAGGAGAGAUCGUUAACAUACGAACGUGUAUAUUCCCUGUAACCGGAAUUUGUGAACUUCGUUCGAGAGGAAUGUUAAUAAUUAACAGAAAUAAUUCAGGCAAUAAGAAGAUCGCAAACUAACCAGUUUGACAAAUAUUCGGAACUGUUACAAUCAUCUGGAAAACGAAAUUUUCCUUUCCCCUUUCGCUGUUUACUUUGUGCAUACGGUAAUUUAUCAAAUGUGAUCAUGAAAAAUAAAGGCUACUGAUUCAAACUGAUAUUCAUUUUCAUUUUUAUCCCUAUUUUCCGGGUAUUCUUAAAAUCUUAACGCGUUGACUACCAUCGUAGUCACUUAAGAUCGACGCCUAAAAUUUGUAAUUGAAUAAUUAAUAAUGGAAAAGAGAAUGCGAGAUGUUAAAUUGAAAGCUUAAAAUUACCUUAAUAAUGUAUCUCACUACUGUGGCAGUCAAAGCGUUAACCAUAUUCGACAUGGUGAUUAUUCGAUUUCAUUGUUCUACAAAGUAAUUAGUGCAUAGAUCACUACGAAGUUUGGCAAAUUCGGGUCGUUUAUCGCGUUGCUCAUUUUUAAUAUAAGCUUUACAAGCGGUACAUACACUGGAUCGGUGCUUACGAUAAAUCUAAGCCUCGUGGCGAGACACUCUUGAAGCGGCAAAAUAGAAGGUGUUCGAAAUGGAAACGUGUGGGUGUAAAUUGAAGAAAAAAAGAAUCGGGCGAAAAAGCUGAGAUUAAACUAUAGAAUCGACGAACAAACAAGAACUUUUUCUAUGGCAUAAAAAUGUGUAAAGUUAGUAGGCGAUAGAAAUAUUCAGUCGAUUUGUCGUGUAAAUUUUUGAUAAGCUUGACAAAAGAUAGUUCGACCUGCGAUCUAUCGUCGAACACCCUAAAUCGUGUCAAUUUACGUUAAUCAGGCAAAGCUGGUGAAUUGAAUUCUAUGAUACUCUGAUGAUUUGCUGGCUUUGUGCGACAUAAAAAACUGUGUCAUUCGAAACAGCUAUCAUCAAACGAUUUACAAAAUUGUUAUAAUUAUAUUUUUAUGGAAUUUUAUAGAAUAAAAGUAUACGACAGAGAAUAAUAAUACUUUCUUCUUAAAUUCGGAUAAUAAAUAUCAUUCGCUUGGAAACUUUGUCCCUUUUCUGCAGCUUCUGUUACUCAAAGGCAGUCGAAUUUCACGUAGAAUUAUAAUGAUAAUCGUCUACGAGGAUCGUACUAAUUAGUAUCCUAAAACUGGUCUAAUCGAUGAGCGUUUUAAAAUACAAUAGUAUCGAUCAACUAAUACUGUACGGUUUACCAACUACUAUUACAGCCUCCACGAAUAUCAGAGAUAUUGAAAUCCCUAAAACAACAUAGAAAACAAGAACAUUUUUGUCGUGGAUAAACUGUGGCAAUGAACGUGUGUAAAUUAAAAAAAAAAAAA